AUGACGACCUGCCAGCAUUGCUGGGGGUACCGCAUUGGUAGCAUGGUGGGCAGCCUGGAAUUCUGUGCCUCCCUGGGCUCCAAGCUGAUCCUGGUGUUGGGUCACACGCAGUGCGGCGCCCUGGAGGGCGCGGUGAACAUGCACCUGAGCCAGAAGGAUGCGCGGACUAGCAAGCCGCCAAACAGCGCUCUGACCGGUCUGCUGCAGGAGCUGUCGGGCGUGGUGCAGCAGGUGGAGGAGAAACUGGGGGUCCAAGCUGACAGCCAGAUGUUCGUGGACCAUGCGAUCAAGGUGAACGUCUUCCACUCCAUCGAUUUCCUUCUGAGGUUUAGCCAGCCUUUGCGGGAACUCAUGAAGCACGGCGAACUGGAGAUUCACGGCGGCAUCUACCACCAGGACACCGGCCGCGUCGAGUUUUUGGGGCCCUCGCCAAGGCAAUCGGCGCUCUUAGCCUCGGACGUCGCCCUGCCACCUUCGAUGGCCAAGCUCUCACUCCCCACCCGCAUGGUGCUGGAUGGCCCGACCAAACCGGAUCAGGCCCUGCAGCUCCUCCGUGAGGGCAACGAGCGCUUCGCUGCCGGCGCGCCCAUCGCCGGGCAGCUCAACGCGCAGAUGCGGAAGUCUUUGGUGAAGGAAGGCCAGUUCCCGCAUUCCGCCGUCGUGGGCUGCGCCGACUCCGAGGCACCCCUGGAGACCAUCUUCGAUGCAUUGCCUGGGGACAUCUUCGUGCUCCGCAACGCCGGCAACACCUGCACUCACGCGGAGGGAAGCAUCAUGGGCAGCUUGGAGUUCGCCAUUGGAGCCGUGAACACGCAGCUCAUCCUCGUGCUCGGCCACACCAGCUGCAGUGCGAUCCUGGGCGCCACGAAGGUUGGGCUUCGUAAAGGCUGGGAGUACCAGCGCAUACUUCUGAAGAGCCGCCCUGUCGUUUUCGCAUAG